AUUUCGUCUCUCCUAGGUCUGAAAGGCGUCGCCGUCCCCCCGCUGGUGUGCGGCCCCGAAGCCGCCGCCGUGCAGGCCGGGGAGGUCGCCGCCAAGCCCAAGAAGAGGAAAAAGGACCCGGCGUGCGGGACGCAGGCGAGCGGCCCGCUGCUGGCUCAGGACCCGGCGAGCGGCAGCCUGAGGAGAGGCAGCACGAAGAAGCCGCCCGUCGCCUCCUCGCUGAAAAGGCAAGGCUGUAACCAGCUGCUGGACGAGUCGCAGGUCGCCCUGUCCUUCCAAGACUGGCUGGCCAGCGUCACCGAGCGCAUCCACCAGACCAUGCAUUACCAGUUCGAAGGCAAGCCCGAGCCCCUGGUCUUCCACAUCCCCCAGGCGUUCUUCGAUGCGCUGCAGCAGAGGAUAUCCAGCGGGAGCGCCAAGAAGAGGCUGCCCAACUCCACCACGGCCUUUGUCCGCAAGGACGCCCUUCCCCUGGGGACCUUCUCCAAGUACACGUGGCACAUCACCAACAUCCUGCAGGUCAAGCAGAUCUUUGAUACGCCCGAGCUGCCGCUGGAGAUCACGCGCAGCUUCAUCCAGAACCGGGACGGGACCUACGAGCUCUUCAAGUGCCCCAAGGUGGAGGUGGAGAGCAUCGCCGAGACCUACGGGCGCCUGGAGAAGCAGCCGGCCAUCCGGCCGCUGGAGCUCAAAACCUUCCUCAAAGUGGGAAACACCUCUCCCACCCAGAAGGAGCCCACCCCCUUCAUCAUCGAGUGGAUCCCCAACAUCCUACCUCACUCCCGCAUCGGCGAGCUGCGCAUCAAGUUCGAGUACGGCCACCACGGCAGCCGCCAGCCCGCUGCCUUCACCGAGCAGCAGUCGCCGGCGCUGGAGCCCGCGCUGGAGCUCGCCCCGCUCGCCACCAUCACCUUCCCCUGAGCCCCUUGGGCCACCGGGGCUGGCACCGGGGACGCCAGGCAGGCGAGGUUAGCCUGGAAGAGACAAA